CGGAUCCAACAAGGAAAACCCUAUUCAGUCUUCAUUCCCAACUCACAUCUCAGAAGUGUGUCUCUUUGGUUACUUCUUCAUUUCCCAUAUUUGAUAUUUCCUUCUUUUCCACGAGCGAAUCAUGUCAGUUAUCGCAGAGGUUGCUUUAUCCGCUUUGUUUGAGGCGCUGGUUAACAAGUUAACCUCCUCUGAUUUGUUGAAGAUCUUUCAGCAAGAACAAGUUCAUGUUGACCUCAACAAGUGGAAGAAAACGUUAUCAAAAAUCCAUGCAGUUUUGGAUGACGCAGAAGAGAAGCGGGAGACAAGCAGGUUGGGGAAGAUCUUGCUGGACGAGCUGGAAGAGUUGGCAUAUGAUGCGGAUGAUAUCUUGGAUGAGUUUGCUACCGAAGUUUUGCGACGUAAGUUAAAUGCAGAACCCAGCACAAGUAAGGUAAGAAAGUUCAUCCCUGCUUGUUGUGUGGGUUUGAGUCCAAGUUCUUUUAUGUUCGAUGCCAAUAUGCGGUCCAAGAUUGCAGCUAUUGACUCGAGACUACAAAGAAUUGUGACAGAAAAUAAUGGUUUGGAUUUGAGAGGAAGCACUGGGGGAAGGAUUGGAACAAAAAGAUCAAGGGUGCCCCCUACUUCUGUGGUGAACGAAGACCGUACUUAUGGCAGGGAUGAGGACAAAAAGGCUAUCAUAAAGUUGUUGCUGAGUAUUGAAUGUAGUCGUGCUAAACUCUCUGUGAUUCCCAUAGUUGGUAUGGGAGGUCUGGGUAAGACAACUCUUGCCCAACUAGUGUACAAUGAUGAUGAUGUGAGCAGUUAUUUUGAUUUGAAAGCAUGGGUUUGUGUUUCUGAAGACUUUGACAUUUUAAGGGUGUCAAAAGAAAUUCUAAAAUCUAUCACUCCUGAGCCCUGCAAUGAUGGUGAUGGUUUAAACUCAAUACAAGUCAAAUUGAAGGAGAAAUUAAAUGGCAAGAAAUUUCUGAUCAUUUUGGAUGACGUUUGGAAUGAAGACUACAAUAGUUGGACUCAACUAUGUUGUCCUUUUGAAUUUGGAGCUCUAGGAAGUAAGAUUAUUGUCACCACUCGGAGUCAUGAGGUUUCAAAAAUAAUGGAAACUACUUCACCUUACAAGCUGAGAGAGUUGUCAAAUGAUGCUUGCAGGCGUCUAUUUCUCCAACAUGCACUAGGGUCAACAGAUUUUGUUGCGCAUCCAGAACUUGAGGAAAUUGGUAGAGAAAUAUUGGAUCUAUGCAAGGGAUCACCUUUGGCAGCAAAAGUACUUGGAGGUGCUUUACGCACUGAACGCAAUCCUAAUGAAUGGAAAAAGGUGCUAAAUAGCAAGAUUUGGGAAAAAAACGAUAUUAUUUCUGUUCUUGAAUUGAGCUACCAAUACCUCCCUUCACAUCUAAAGAGGUGCUUUGCAUAUUGUUCACUAUUCCCAAAAGAUUAUGAAUUUGAGGAGAAUGAGCUUGUCUUGUUAUGGAUGGCAGAAGGUUUGGUUCAAGAAACAGAAAGAAACAAGUCGAUGGAAGUUCUUGGUGUUGAGUGUUUUCAUGAUCUACUCAUGAGAUCAUUCUUUCAACAAUCAAGCAAUAAUGGAUCACUCUUUGUCAUGCAUGAUCUUAUCAAUGAUCUAGCUCGAUGGGCAGCAAGUGGCUUAUUCUAUAGAAUGGAAGAUGCAUUGGAAAGUAAUAAGCAAUCCGAGAUUUCUACAAAGGUACGACAUUUCUCUUACAUUCGACAUAAUCUUGAUGGCGUCAAAAAGUUUGAAAAUUUCCCCAAAAAUAUGUAUUUACGAACAUUCUUACCCGUACCAAUCAAGCCGUCAGGCUACUUUACAAACUACUUAACAAACUAUGUUCCUAAUUGUUUGUUGCCACAACUAAGAUGCUUAAGAGUAUUAUCUUUGCGUGGAUAUAAAAUCAUUGAGCUACCAAGCUCAAUCGGUGAUCUGAAACAUUUAAGAUACCUCAACCUUUCUGAUACUCUAAUUAGAAGUUUACCAGAAUCAACAAGUUCUCUACACAAUUUGCAGACAUUGAUGUUGAAAGAUUGUCACAAACUUACAAAGUUACCGGAGAAAAUUAGGGAUCUAAUUAAUCUUCGUUAUCUUGACAUUACAAAUGCCAAUUUAAUUAGAGAAAUGCCGGUGGGAAUUGAAAAACUAAAGAACCUACAAACAUUAUCUAAUUUUGUUGUGGGAAAAGAUAAUGGAUCCAAGAUAGGAGACUUGAUGAACUUGGAGUUUCUUCGGGGAAGAUUAUGCAUUUCAAGUUUGGAGAAUGUGCUCGAUGUUGAGGAUGCAAGAAGGGCAAAUUUAAAUGGCAAGAAGAAUUUAGAUGCACUAGAGAUCAAAUGGGGGUUUGCACUUAAUGAUAUACAAUAUGCAAGCAUUGCAAAAGAUAUUCUUGACAUGCUACGACCUUCAACAACGGUGAAAGAACUUUCAAUUGAUGGCUAUAUUGGUGUGAAAUUCCCAACAUGGUUAGGAGACCACUCAUUUUCUCAUAUUGAGGACCUAAGGAUUGUCGGAUGUAAACAAUGCAUGUCCUUACCUGCUAUUGGACAUCUAUCCUCCCUCAAAUUCCUUGUCAUUAAGAGUAUGCCUAUGGUGCAGACCAUUGGUCCUGAGUUUUAUGGGGAAGGUCGGUUGAAAUCUUUUCAAUUAUUAGAAAAACUUCACUUUGAAGAUAUGCAAGAAUGGCAAGAUUGGAUUCCUUAUGGAGUUGAGUACGGAGAUUUCCCUUGCUUGCGUGAGCUUUUUAUCUCUCAAUGCCCCAAAUUGCAAGGGGAAUUGCCAGGCCAUCUCCCAUCAUUGGAAAUAUUUUCUAUUAGUAAUUGUGAGCAAUUGGUUGUUUCAAUUCCAAGCCUUCCAAUGCUCUGUGAAUUACAAAUUGUGGGGUGCAAGGAGGUGGUGAGCAAAAAUAUAGAAGAGUUAUGCUUGCUGGAGUCGAUUACUUUUUCUAUUCCAGGUCUUAAAAGCUUAUCAAAGGACUUCAUGGAAGGAUUAGCAAAGGUAGAAGAUCUAAAGAUAUAUAAUUGUAAUGAGCUAACAUCUUUGUGGCAAGAUAGUCUCAUUUCCCUUGUUAGGCUGGAAAUCAAGUCGUGCCCAAGUCUCAUCAACAUCAGCUUGACGUCAACAUUAAAGACAUUGAAUAUUAAUGGUUGUGGUGCUUUAAAAUCCCUACUAAUGUCCAAUUGUACAUGCCUGGAAUAUGCAACUAUUAAGAAAUGUAGUUCUUUGAUGUUCAUUUCAAAACGCCAGCUACCUCCAACUUUGAAAAGUCUAGAGAUAUAUAAUUGCAAGAAUUUGCAAUUUUUGAUAGACGAGGGAGAGGCUUCUUCUUUAUUAUUGAAAGAGGAGAGUAUUAGCAGUAAUGCAUCUCUUCUUGAGCACUUGGUUAUUAAACGUUGUCGAUCUCUAAAAUGUGUACUAUUAAGAGGUGACCUAUUUGUGAAGCUUAAAGUCCUUGAGAUUUGGAAUUGCUCAGAGCUGACAUCAUUAUCAUCAAGUAACCAGUUACCUAUUGCCCUUAAAAAACUUCGAGUACUUGAUUGCCCAAAGUUAGAGUCAGUGGCGGACAACUUACACAAUAACGCGUCUCUUGAACGUCUUGAAAUCAGUAAUUGUAAAGAGAUUAAAUUCUUACCGGAGGGCCUACACAUACUCUGCCACUUGAAUGACAUAAGCAUAGGAGACUGUUGUAGUCUUGUUUCAUUUCCGGAUGGAGGGUUUCUCCCCACUCACCUGACAGAACUUAGGAUCUGUCGCUGUGAGAAACUAGAGGCCUUGCCCCGCAUGCAUAUGGUCACUACUCUUGUUAUAAAAAAAUGUCCAAGCAUAGUAUCCUUACCAGAAGAGGGCUUGCCGACAAACCUAAAGGUACUUUCGUUGGGAGGGAUGAAUAACUGUAAGCAAGUAUUUGAAUGGGGAUUACACAGACUCUCGUCUCUUACACAUCUCUCCAUUGAUGGAUUUGAGGAUUGGCAAUCAUUUCCUGAGGAGGAAGAUGGGAAGAUGUUGCUACUGCUACCUACCUCUCUAACCUACCUGUGGAUUGAAGAUUUUCCAGAUAUAGUGUUCCUAUCCUCCAAGGUAUUUCAAAACCUCUCUUCACUUGAACAACUGGGGAUCGUGAGGUGCCCUAAACUCGCAUCCCUCCCAGAGAACGGCCUGCCUCCCUCUCUUCUGCGACUACAAAUUAUUGUAUGUCCAGUGCUGAAACAACACUGCAAGAAAGGAAAAGGGCUGAAGAAUAUCAUCAACAUCCCUUGCGUUGAGAUUGAUUUCCGGUCCAUCUACGAGCUGCAGGAGGAGGAGCAGCAAUAAUUGUGUAAAACAGAGAGAGCAAAACGUACAGAAAUAUACAUAUUUACUCCCUCAAGUGUUGCAGCAGAGGCUAUCUUCUCAACUCCAAUAAAUUCUUCUCAAAUUCCUAAAAUUUGGAGGUUGUAUAUCGUGUUGUGGAACAUGUUUAUCUGUGGGCAUGUACGGAAUGGAGGGAUGGCUUUUUAAUACUAUGCCUGAGUGGCUGAGUCAAAUGUUAUUUUAACUAGAGAUCAUGCCUUGGCCUUGAAUAGAUGAUAGAAGCAUUGUCACCUAUGUUCUACAGAUGGGCAGCCACUCUCAGGUUUUUUUUUUUUUUGGUUAAUUAACUCUUUGGGCUAUUUGGAAAUGCAAGAGUGAGGGCAUGCUUGAAGGGAAGGCUGUCAAUGCUUUUCAAGCUCUUAACUACUGCAAGCACAUGGUCAUGAUCUGUCAAGAAGAAGCAGUGCCAGUGAAUCAUUUUUUUAAGAAGUUUUAUACCUCCUGUUUGCAAUUGGACACAAUUUGUUGAUUGUUGAGAACGGCAAGAGCUGAUUUCAGUGGAAGUUUUCUGGUGAGGUGCAAGCUUUCUGUGCAAAGAUUGAAUGGGGAACCAAAUUGCAAGAGGCUGUUUUUGUUGGAUGACUAGUCCUUAGUCAAUUUGUGAGGCUUUAUCCUUUGUACUUAUGAAAGGUGUGGUGGCUGCACUUUUACUCACUAGAAGGUCUGAGGUUUGUAGCCUUUGUUAUGGAAAGCAAAUGCCAAGCUGGGAGAUAUAAGCUGUUAAGAAAGACAUUGCUUGAUCUGCUGCGUUCGCGAUUUUCGGCUUUAUUAUUGAUGGUUGGAUGCAAAGUGGGCCAGUCAUCCAGCAUUAGAUUGUCUUAUUGGAUUCUUGCAAAGAUGGUCACAUUAGAUAAAUUCUGUCAUCAGGCUCAUAUCCACUUUCAAGGAUUUCACAAUGGACCAAUAAAAUAAGGGUCAAUACUUCUUUGUUUGCUAUUGAAUGAAAUGAAACAGCCUAUAUAUAAGAAUACAUCCCCCAACACAAGGUUCUAUAUCGUGCUGUGGAACAUGUUUAUCAGUGGGUAUGCAUAGAAUGGAGGGAUGGCUUUUCAAUAGUACGCCUGACUGGAAUGUUCUUACCGUUAGAUCUGAAUUUUUUGAAUCAAAUUCCAUUAAUAAUUGGCUCUCUAUUUGUAUGGGAUGGAGUGAGAGCAUGCUUGAAGGGAAGGGCUGUUAAUGCUUCUCAAGCUUUUAACUACUGCAAGCACUUGGUCACUUGGUCAGGAUCUGUACUUGCAAUCUGUUGUAAACCUCCUGUUUGCAAUUGGAAACGGUCUGUUGAUUGUUGAGAAUGACAAGUGCUGAUUUCAAUGGAUGUAAAUACCAAAAGAGAAUGUUGUUGUUAUGGUUCAAGCUUUCUAUGCAAUGAUUGAAUGGGGAACCAAAUUGCAAUAGGCUGUUAUGGUUGGAUGGCUUAGUUGAAGUCCAUAAUCCUUUAUCAGACAAUUUGUGAAGCCUUGUCCUUUGUAUUUUGAAAGGUGAGGUGACUGCACAUGUACUUAACGGUGGCUUUUUGGUUAUGUAAAGCAAAUUCCAAGCUGGGAGAUACAAGCUGUUGAGAAAGACAUUGCUUAAUGUACUGCGUCCAUGAUUUUCUAAGCUCUCAGUUUGCUAAUUGUUCAGUUUUCAGUUUGGUACACAUAGCCUGGUCCUCUUCUUAUGCAACUUUUAUGUUAAAUAUCGUAUGUACUGAUGACAAGUUCAAGCUUAACAGUUUUAAAAAUGUAGUCAAGGAUGCUGUUGACUUACCACCAUUUUGACUAACAGCUGCUUUAUGAUUGAUGGUAGGAUGCAAAGUGGGCCAGUAAUCCCGCGUUGGAUUGAUUUAUUGAAUUCUUGCAAAGAUUGUCACAUUAGCUAAAUUCUGGUAUCAGAUAUUGAAUGAAACAAAGCAGCCUUUUUGUAAGAAUACAUCUUCUAACAGAAGGGAAGUUUUACAUUGGUUAUGUGAUCUAAGGAGACUAACCAGCUAUUGUAGAUAUUCUAAACCAUUGAAAACAUGGAAAUGGCGUGGCAUUUCCACUCGUUUUGCAAGUCUGGCAUCUGCAAUUCCUAUGAGAAGCUCUCGGUAGCAAACACGAUGAAGCCAAAAUCCUUUCUGUCUUCUAUGAAUUUUCUGUGCUUCAGUUCUGAGGAUCAUAAACUACCUAUCCAGCUUGACCUGCUUGUAAAUUGUAAUAUCUAUCCCUUUAAGCAUGUAUAUUAAUGAUAAGGCAUAUUAGUUUUACUAUACAGCUUCAGACUCUGGUAAUGAUGGAGCUUAUAGUCUUUGAAAUCCUGACUCAAACUAUUCAGUGGUGAAAACUCUUACUACUUGAGAGAUGUAUUAUUUUCAAUACAAAUGACCUUGGUCUGUUAAAGGUCAUUUGUUGAUCAUCAAAGAAUGCAACCACUACUAAUCGUGCAAUAAAUUAAUUUCGACCCUACUGAGGUCUGGAUCCAAGUCCAUAA